GUUCGCUGUCAGCAACAGAAUGCCUUUGUAAGCAAACUGUUUGAUCAUAUUGGUGCUGAAAAUGCAAGACAUUAUCAUCUGAAUAAGGAUCCUUCAGGCCCCGCGACAAGCCCCAUUGGCGCUCCUUCAUUUCCUGUCAAGAGUCUGACAAGUGAAAGCAUAGUUGGAAAUAUUUCCUGUCGAGCAGCAGAGGCAGAGAAAAGUGCACACACUCAAAUACUUACAAAAGAAGGUCAAGAACACUCUCACUGCCAUGCAGAUGCUGGGGAGAACUUGUUGCAGAUGUCUUGCUCUAGCUCUAGGAAUCAGGCAACAUUUCUGAAGCUAAUACACAACUUGUCAGUGGUGCUUCUGUCUACUUGCAAUGGCGGUUCUUCGUUACAGGAAUAUGAAAAGAAGAUUCUGAAAUCUGUUAUUCGAAAUCUUAAAGUUGCUUCUUCCAAAGAAGGCAAGGCUACAUUAAAAGGCGAUGAUUGUUUGAGGGACUCCAGUCAAAUCAGUUGCUUGAGAAACAAUUUGUUGGUGGCAAUCCCUGAACACUCGGUGUCAGAGAGCACAGAUUCAGAAUUUAAGACAUCUAUUUCACAGGCUCUUUCUAAGCUCCCAGAGGAUAAUAUGCUCGAUGAUACUGAAGUUUCUCAAGUGUCAAUUUACAAAAAAAUAUGGUUUGAAGCAGAAGCUUCGGUGUGUAAACUCAAAUAUGAGCUUCAUUGUGCCCGUAUGAAGCUUGCAACAAUGAAAGUUUUCAGCAACACACAAACAGUUCCAAUUGACCCGUCAGGAAGUGAUAAAGCCAGAGUAACCGUAUCUGAUGGCCAACCACAUAAUCAUGCCAAAGAUUGCAGUUCCUGUGCUGCGACCUUGCAAUGUCAUGGAGGAGUCCCGGCUGCUUCCCCAGUGCCUCUGCUGCCUGCAUUGGUGUCACAGCCUUACACGGUCGCGCCCGACAAUCCUUCAGGACCAUACUGUGGUUACUGUCAUAAGUUGGGGCUCACCCCUCAUCCAUGCUACAAGAAGAAUGAUCAGAGACGCAAUAUUUUUAGUGGCACCUCUUCUCCGUCAGGUCCAUGCCAGAGCUCCUCCACCGGCCAGGAACUUCUCACUCAACCACCACCGCCUCCUCCUUCAGAUAUAUUAUCUCCAAGGUCCAUUAUUGCUACAAAUAAGAGCAUCGCAAAUGGUCUUGAUGCUGAAAUAUUUACUCAAAUGAAAGUUCAGGAAUCCCGUAUUGAUAAUAUAAGCUCUUUGGGUGAGAGUAAGUGUGAGAGGCAGCAAGAACCUAGCAAGGGAUCAUAUCCCGUUGAAGAUGAUGUUUUGGCGAGGCUGAGAAUUUUGAAGUCCCGCCCUGAUUACAUAACCUCGUUGGGUUUGGAAAGCAGCAACCAUCAGCUAGACACAAGUAUACAUGCAUCAGAUGAGGUUCAUGAAAUGUUUGCUCGACUGAAAGUUUUGGAGUCCCGCAUUGACAAAAUAAGCCCUUUGGGUGACAACAAGUGUGAAGAGCAGGAAAAAGGAAGUGAGGGAUCAUAUCCAGUCAAAGAUGCUGUUUUGGCAAACCUACAAAUUUUGAAGUCAUGUGCUGAUAAUAUAACCUCUCUGGGUCUGGAAAGCAACAAGCAGCAGCUAAAAUGCAAGCACGGACAUAUCAGAUAAGGUUGAAGAUGUUAUUAUGGCUAGGCUGGAAAGUUUGAAGUCCCAUCCAGAUGUGGAGGCUUCCUGCAUUGAGGCUGUUGAAGGAAUGGAGCAUCCUUGUGCUGUGGGGCUGCGAGUCUCUAGUCAUCAGUUACUUCCAUCGCCUGCUGCAGUAUUCGAGAAAACAACAUUGCUAUCGGAUACCGAACCACUAGAGGUCACUGGAGAGACUCCAGCCAUCCUGAUCCCGUCGUCUAAGAAAGCACCGCCUUUGUGUAGACUUAAAGAUGCACCUUCAGUGAUGGAGAAAGAUCAUUCAGGGUUGACAGACGAAGCUCUGCAUUCUGCGCCGUUGUUAAGUGUGCCCCAAGAAGCCGGGGACUUGGCACAAAAGACUGCAAAAGUUAAGCACCAUCCGCACGGGCCUACGCCAAGAAGAUUUCGUCUUCCUUCCACCGUCAAAAUAAAGCGCCCCAUCUCAGAGCAGGGGGCAGAGGCUAUAUUGCUUAGGCCUUGUACAAUGGGAGGUGCUUAGAGAAAUAAACCAGUCUUUUCUUAAGCACCGGUGCUUAUUUCUACCGGAUAGACGUUUAACUAAGCGUCUCUCCUGUAGAAAUAGACACCGGUGCUUCAGAAAAACCCGGUUUAUUUUUCUAAGCAUCUCUCUAAGCACCUUCCAUUGUACAAGGCCUUAGGAGGCUGGGCAUGGUAAAGAAGGAUGAAGUAGACGGACGUGCCAUCAACAGAUGUUUGGCGGUCUUGGGGGCUUCUUUUCCUAAAAGCUUGCUCCAGGCUAUUUUCUGCGGUACAUGGUGAAGGGCACUCCUGGUGAGUUAUGGGGCAUAAGGGCACUCCUGGUGAGUUAUGGGGCAUCUCGGCCCGCGACGUUAUCUUCUGAUUUUCCAUUCCCUGUUUGUGGUGCAACCUUGCCAUAUCUAGGGAUCGUCGUAAGCCUCCUUGGUGAGUACCUAGGUGUUAGUGUACUGUUGUCUCUUGCUGGUGUCAAGGUAGGGCAUUCGGACGGGUAGAUAGUUUUGUUGUAAAACCCGAAAAACCAUGUUUGGCCUCGAGCUGUGGGGGAAUUAUCAUGUUUGCAAAGGAGGGUCUCAAGCAACCCCCUGAUCGCUGGUCUCCUCUUGAGUUCACCGGCCGGUAAGAUGGAUUUCCGCUAGCGUUAGCAUGUGCUCAAGGUGAACUUGUUCCAUGAUGGCUUAAUAGGCGAUCAAGGCAAUCUGGAACUGUUUAAGCUCGAUCGUGUUGCUCCAAAACGUCGAGGCACAUUGAUAUGCUAUUACAUUGGCGGGAGGGACCUGCCAUACCUACUGUACAGUCAUUUUUGUUUCUCUGUUUGGUCAACAGAUUGUACUGUAGUACGUAUAUCUGCUAGCUUGGUACAUCACCUACUCGCACCUGGCACUGAUAGAUUAAACGAACCUGCGAGCCAUGUGUUGUUAGUUCUGAGAGUGAGGGGUACGUAUGUACACAACGCGCAGGAUGGCUGCCGCUCGUUAACUCCGGCAUGCACGUCAAGGUCAAGUGUCUG